AAUUAACUUAUACUAAAAACCCAAGUUUCCACACAUUUUCAUAACCAUUUCCUCUUAAUCUUUUUUUCUCCUUCAUCUUCAUUUAUAUACUAAUUCCACCACUAAAGCAUCAUGCCAUUAUCUAAACAACGAUAAUACAAGUUUGAUUUUCGCUAUUUGCGAAAAGAUUAAUUUCUUUUAUUUUUUUAUCUGUAGAGAUUCUCUUGCGAGCAGAAACUCGAGGUCUUCAUUCGGAUCAUUGAGUUGGUUUCGGGUCAGUUUAAAAUUCGGAUUUUGUGUCUGUAUUGGUUUUUACAUAAUUGUAAACCCAUUUUUAAAUUGGGUCAAAUCGAAUUUGGUUACAAGAUCAGGUGAAUAUCGAAUUAUCGGAUCUGUUUUAAAGAACUCUAGCAGAAACAAAAGGUAACAAAUAUGGCAAAAUCAAUGAUUAUGUGUUCUGUCAUAGCCUUUCUAAUUUUAGGAGGUGUAGCAGUUUUCAUUGCCUGGUUAGCAGAUAAGAUGAAAUCACCUACAUUCUCUCUUGAUCAAGCCGAAAUCAACGGCUACAAUUUCACUACAAAUAAUCAAUUCAACGCUAAUUUCACCUUAGUCGUCCGAUCUCACAAUCGUGAUCCUAAGUACAGGAUUGACUACAAUGUUAUCGUUGUCUCAGUGUACCAUAGUGGAUUCACCUUAGCUUAUGAUACAUUGGGCCCGUAUACCCAAUCUCAUGGAGAUGAUAUUAUUUUUACAGCACAGCCCAUAGCCCGAAAAGUUAAAAUCUUGGACCCGGGUAUGGUUGGAAGUAUUAAGAAUGAGACACGGGCCGGACAGUUGGGUUUUGAAGUUCGGGUUCGGGCUGCGGUUAGAUAUGAGGUUAAAAGGUGGAAGCAUAAGAAAUAUAUUUUGAGGAUUAUUUGUACGCCUGUGUUAAUUAGUUUAGCUUCUGGGAAGACUUCUCAAAGCAUAAAAUGUGAAGUGGAUCGUUUUUGAUAUGUUGUAAAAACAAAUAUUAUUUGUUUUGAUUUUAUUUCAUUAAAAAAAUGUAUUAUUUAAUUUAAUUCAUGUGCUAUGAUUAAUUGAUUUGUAAUUUAUUUAGUAGAAUAUAUAGUUGUACCAUGUUAACAAAGAGAGUUGUGUUAAUAUGUAUUA